AUGUGUAUUCGAAUCAUAGGAGCUAGCAAUCGUCGAUAUGCUCAUAUUGGUGAUGUUAUUGUUGCUGUGAUCAAAGAAGCAGUACCAAAUAUGCCCCUAGAAAGGUCAGAAGUCGUCAGAGCUGUAAUUGUGCGUACCUGUAAAGAACUCAAACGUGACAAUGGUAUGAUAAUACGAUAUGAUGACAACGCUGCAGUUGUUAUUGACCAAGAAGGAAAUCCAAAAGGAACUCGAAUUUUUGGCGCGAUCGCCCGGGAGUUGAGACAAUUAAAUUUUACUAAAAUAGUCUCAUUAGCUCCCGAGUUAAUCAUGGGUAGGGACACUGUUGCUGAGAUAAUAACCUCUAUACGAAAUGCUGAUAUGGAUAAAAAAAGAGUGGUUCGAAUAACAUCUACUAAUAUUACCGAAAAUAUCGUUAAAAUACUUUUACGAGAAGAUGUACGGGGUCGAGUGGUUUCUUGGUCCUCCGCCGGUACUUGUGGAUUCAGAGGUACGAGAAGAGGGACACCAUUUGCUGCUCAAACCGCAGCAGCAAAUGCUAUUCGUACAGUAGUGGAUCAAGGUCAAGCCGACACAAUAGGCAUUGCAAUGCGACGAGCUUUGCUUGGAGAAAUAGAAGGAACAUGUAUCACACGUGUAAAAUCUGAGAAAGUCGCACAUGAAUAUUCUACCAUAGCGGGUAUUCAAGAAUCGGGGUCCUGGAUAUGUAACUGCUCAAGAUAUCGUCUUACCGCCUUAUGUAGAAAUCGUUGA